AUGUCCAAGCAACCAAGAAUGGCAUGCAAUGUGAAGUUAUUGAUUGACAGCAAGACCACUGUUGCUGAAGUCUUAUUUUAUUUCAAUAUGAUGCUUCACGAUGAAAAGAAGACCUUUGCUUUCGUAUCUGAAUUCAGCCAGCUGCACACAGAUCUAUUUGAAAACUCAUCGCAAAUGGUCUUUGCCUGUCGUUAUUGCGGAGAUGCUUCAUUGAAACUUGUCGAGAUUCAUACUAUACAGUCUGUGGUGGCUAUGAUUCCUCAUAAUUUUCCGGGUAUUGAUGGUGUUCUUUUCUACCUCGUGGAACAACCAGGGUUGGACAUUAUAAGAAUGGGUGGUGUGGAAGAGGAGGGUAUUCUUGAUGAAGAAUGA